CUUCCUGCGCGUAAUAACGGACGGGUACUUCCUUGCUUUUAGUCCUGCUGCUUUAUUUGAGCAUUAUCACCGUGGUUUUAAGAUUCUUAGAUAUGAUAUGCAUAUAGUUGUCAUGUACUGGACAUUAUAACCUAACAGUAUUUAGUGCAGUAUUGUGUCAAAAGUGCUGCUGUGCACGCGCGUCAUAUGUUUGAAUUGGGUUUACGGCGUCUCGCGAGCAGCAUUGCUUCAGUUUAAGAGCUAUUUCGCCUUCACAAUGGCAAGCGACGCGGUUAAAAGAUUCGUUUGCCUUUGUCGUGAUCUCCAAGAUCCUUGCCAUGUUGCCAAAUUUCAGCAGCUUUGUGGCGUACGAGGGACAUUUACUAAAAAGUCGACCGAGAGUGAAGCGAAGCUAUCUGUCAACGGUGCGGGGCAAUGCCAAGAGGACCGCGCUGCUGGUGGGGAUAAAACACCGGGAUUUCCGGGCCAAAGGCUUAGAAAAAGUUUAAAUGACGGGAAUAUCAAACAGGGAGAAUGUUCCGGUGAUCUCAACAAAGACACAAUAGCAACCUCAAGCAGGACAAAAGAUGCAGGUUCCGAUGUGGCCAGCGAAAAGGGCUUCAAAGAAACCGUGAAGCCUUUACGCAGAAACUCACUGACUGGUGAUGUUGGACAGGAGUUCAUCAUUGAGAACAAGUUUCUUUUCUAUCUGUUCACUAUUGGCACCGAGCUGGGCAAUGAGAUGUUCUUCAUCGUCUUCUUCUCGUUUCUGAUGUGGAACGUGGAUCCGUAUGUUAGCCGGUCUCUCAUCGUGGUGUGGGCCUGGGUGUUAUUCCUCGGCCAGUCCACGAAAGAUCUGGUCCGAUGGACGCGUCCUGCGUCGCCUCCCGUGGUUAAAGUGGAGGUGUUUUACAACACGGAGUACAGCAUGCCAUCCACACACGCCAUGACUGGAACCACGAUGCCCUUUUCUAUGUUCAUGCUCACGUACAGCCGUUGGGAGUAUCCAUUCAUAUUUGGAUUAAGUGUAGCUCUGUCCUGGAGUCUCCUUGUGUGCGUCAGCAGAAUUUAUAUGGGCAUGCACUCCUUCCUGGAGGUGAUCACAGGCUUCCUCUACAGCAUUCUCAUCCUGGCGGUUUUACAGCCCAUGCUAUAUGACAUAGACACCUUCUACCUGUCCCACAGCUAUGCCCCUCUGGUCAUCUUCCUAACGCACGUCGGAUUCAGCCUGGUGGCCUUCUCGCUGGAUUCGUGGAGCACCUCCCGCGGUGACACUGCCCAGGCGUUGGUCACCGCCGCCGGAAUAGCUUUGGCAUCCCGUCUCAACCAUCAGCUGGGUCUGCAGCCAGAUCCUUCAGAUGAAGCCCUGCCGCUCACCUUGCCCCUGAUAGACGGGGCUUUGUUGGCUCGCUCGAUCAUGCGGCUACUGGUGGGAGUGGCCGUGGUUCUGGCUGUUAGGGCCACUAUGAAGAUCGUGGCGAUUCCUUUGGCAUGCAGACUCUUUGGUGUGCCCUCGGAUGACGUGCGGAAGGCUAGGCAGCAUGCACAAGUGGAACUCAGUUAUCGAUUUUUGGUGUAUGGCCCUGUGGCUUACUGCUGUGUUUUUCUGGUGCCCCUUUUCUUCGGCUACCUUGGUUUAUCCUAAAGAUAACAGGGUAUUCUUGUUCCUUUGUAAACUUCAUUGCCCUCUGCAUGAGGUCAGACACUAUCUUAUAUUUACAAUAAUGCAUUUGGCAACUUACAGUGCACUAAAUGAAUGUGGGAUUGAACUCACAACCUUUUUCACUGCUAACACAGUGCUUUACCAACUGAGCUAUAUAGUAAUAAGUAUGUGACUGUGAUAUAAAAUUGCAUUGAAUGCUUUUGAAUGGUGAUGUUUAAAGCCAUUUCACUCCAUUAGAGAAGUGAAUUUACAUUUGUCCUUUACCUGCUUCCUCUGCAACAGACACAUACCCACCCUGGUACUGUCUCUCUAUCCCAUAAUGCUCUGUUCUUGUGCUUGUAUUUUCUGAGUUGGGAGAAAGGGGUGUGGCCCUGACGGUUCAUUCAGCGGUUCAGGAAAGCCGCUUAAAAUUUUAAGAGAUGUAGAAAGUUCUGCACUUAUCUAAAAAGGGAGCUCAAGCCUCACAAUGAGCAGUAAUGCGCUGAGAGAAUGAAGGGAGUGGAACUUCCUGUCUGUAUGAAUUCUGUAUACAUGAACUUCCUUUGGAUGCCAGGAAGCCAGGGGAAUGCCUUUGAAUCGAAUGUGGCAUCAAAGUAGUCGAUGUGUUAAGUGAGAGAAAGCUUUUUAAUGCCCUGAAUAGAUCAUAUUCAUAGAUAAUGUCAAAUGAAUCCGAAAAUUGAAUUAGGCUUUUGUAAUUUUUGUUUAGUGUUCCCCAUUUUUCUUUCACUUCUGCUUAAUUAAUGCUGAGCAAAAGUUCUGUGUUGUCAGUUGCAGAUGUUGCUGCAGAUGUUCUGCGUGUCCUUCAAUGCAUCACUGCAUAAAAACUGUCAGCAGUUUGGAAAAGAUGCAUUAAAAUGCAGAUUAUCCCAAACCCUGGUUUGUCUACUUAUAUAAACUCAAUGCAGUUUAACACUGUUUACGGGCAUGAGAACAUGGCCAAAGUAAAUAAUGUAUUUUAGGAUUUUUAUGAAGUGUUCAGUAUUAAUCUAGAUAGUUAUAAUGUUUGUCAUUGCACUACUCUGUACUUGCAGUGUACUUGUUGGUGUAUGCAGUUUUCUCAAAGAAAUGUGGAAAGCACACCUUGGCUUUGUGUCCCAUAACCACGUUUGAGCCACCGGCCAAUCAGAGCAAUUUUAAAUCUCUGCAGAUAAAAUCCCAGAAACCCCAGUGCCUCGAGGCUUUGUUUUUCAGGGUAAGUGUAUCAUCCAAGUAGGCACAAAACACCACAGCUGUGAACAGCUUUGAUGGUGAACGUGUUGUUUAGAAACAUCCAUAAUACUAAGUUACAGAGUAAUUGUUGGUUAUGGCUUUUCUUCACAGAUUUCUGUAAAUGUAUGCGCAAUAUGGCAUUUUUUAAGCCGUUUUGUUUUGUUUCAGGUUUUAAUAACAUUUUUUUUCUGGUGAACUGUUUAAAAUGGUUUGCCUGUAAAAUAUAAUACAUUUAAUUGUAAAAAUAGUGAUCAAUUGUGUAUAUGCACCAUAAUACGUGAUAAGCUGUUUGCAGCGGUCUUUUGACAGUGCACUGAGCUGAUGUGAAUACUGCCUAUGGAUAAAUAAUGUUUUAAUGCUUCCCACCUGUAAGUUGCAGUAUGAAUAAAGCUUGUACAUUCUGAGCUUUGAGCUGUUCAUGGUUAUAUAAACUCACAAAUGUGCUAUAAUGCAAUUCUCAUGGUCUGCAGUGUAAAAAACAAAUUCUUGCCAUUUUAUGUUCUUAUUAUUGAAGGAAUAAAACUAAUUUGAAUUGA